AUGGAAAACACUCUUGCGGCAGAAAGUAGCAACAAUGAAGCAGAAACCAACCAUGGAAAAGUUUCUGGUGCAGCACCAGAUAUGCCACCAACAAUGAAAAAGGAAUUCUUUUGCAGGUAUUGUGAUAAGAAGUUCAGUAAUUACCAAGCCUUGGGGGGACAUCACUAUGCACACAAGGUACAGAGAGCAGCAACACAAAACGGGAAGUUCCUCAGCAUGGUUUCUGAUUAUUAUAGUAAAUAUUCAUAUGUUGGUGGAAAAACAUUAGGGGUUUCACUACUAUCUAUGACUCGUUUUAAGCCUCACCACCAUAUCUGGCCUCAUAUGGAACUCAAACGUGACUAUUAUCAUAAUCAUGUUCCAUGGUCAGGGCACCACACUUUCAAUCAUGUUCAACCCACCAUGCAUCAGUUCCACAAUUUUAUGGCUAAAGGGAGUGAUGGAUCUCAUCAACACCACAGAUCACAUCAACCUUUGAUUUCUCCUACAGUUGCAGAAGGACCAUCACAACCACAUUUAUCACAUCCUUGUUUAUGUCAUGAAGGGAAUUUUGGGCCCACAAGCAAUUCUUCUGUAAUACCUCAGAAUUCUGGCCAAGAAAACAAUUCUUGUCCAAUUUCAAUGCCUGAGAAUGGAGCGGUGGAGAAACUUGAUCUGACUCUCAAGAUUUGA